AUGGCUCUCCGUGUCGCCCCUCCUUCCUCACACCCGAAAAGCACAACCAACACGAGCGCCAGCAAACUCGGUCCGAAGAGCCAAGACACGCUCGACCGCGGCGCCCCCUCCGCUCCAGGUGUCCACGAUACUCUACGAUCAUCACUACUCAGCUCGGACGACAGCACCAGCACCACCAGUAAGAUCACCUCGACACAUCCCCUGGAAGCCCGCCUCGCGCAAUGGACUGCCACGCAAGAGACGACCCGGAUGAAUCUGUUAAGACGCAACUUCGGCAUUGCCGAGCCACUGCGGCGGGGGAUGGAGCUGAAGAUGGUGCGCGAUGCCGACUCGUUCCGGCCCACCGUACUGGGUGCCCCGGGUCGACUGCACGAGGAGAUCUUGACGAACCGCGAUGCCGAGGUCACUUGGGAAGAUGUGUAUCAGGGUCAAGAUGGGUUGAGGCUGGGGCUGUCGGGUGGCGGAGACGGGCAGGGCGUGGGCUGGACCGAUGAGAUGGAGCGAAAAUUGGGCAUGGGCAAAUGGUAG